AUCAGCAAAACACACCUGUUCAUAUGGUCUUCUUCACCAUGCACUCCUUUCUGUCUCUCGUGGUCCUUAGUGUCAGUCUGCCCGCCUUGCUGGCGACAGUAGACUACCGUGCGUUGUGGCAGUUCAGGUCCAUGAUCCUCUGCACCAUCCCCGAUAGCUGGCCUGCACUGGACUACGCAGACUACGGAUGCUACUGCGGCAAAGGAGGCUCGGGCAACCCGGUGGAUGAACUGGACAGGUGCUGUCAGGUGCAUGAUCAGUGUUAUACAGACUCGUGGCAGCAGGAUGACUGCUGGGGUAUCUUAGACAACCCCUAUACUGAAAUAUAUUCAUUCUCAUGCGACAAAUCGGCAAGGAAAAUCAGCUGCAAUGCUGACAACAAUAGCCCCUGUGAGAUGUUCAUCUGUGAAUGUGACAGAAAAGCAGCCGAAUGUUUUGCACAGGCCGGUUACAACCAAGAGCAUGUCAACUAUCCUACUGAUAACUGCAAAUGACCUGACACUAGAUAAAGUAUUAUGACUGGCCUUAAAGUCUCAUUAAACAUAGGAAUGGUGCAUCAUGUAACUGUUUAUUUUGAGUUCAUGUUAAUUGAUAUUUGAUUCAUAUAGCAGAGAGAUUAUUUUAUGUUAUGGGAAUAUUAAUGCAAUUAAUAAUAUUUACUAUCAUUUUCUUAAUAUAUAUAUAUAUAUAUAUAUUCUUUUUGUAUGAGGUUUAUGCCUGAAAAAACAACUAAAAACAAUUUACCAAUGGGGGAUGAAAAACAUAACUUAUGUUCUCUGAAAAUAAUCUUUUGCAAUUGCUUCUCAAGUAAAUUUACCUUGUUUAUAAAGCCAAAAAUAGUGAUUAAGAAAAUAAUUUUUGCAAAUAGGUCACAAUAUGACCUCUAAUGAAUUAACUAAAAUAUUCCUAAAAAUAUAUAUUUUUUGGUUGCAAUCCUGCAUGGAUACUUAAGUACUGUCGCAUUAUUUUUUUUUAAAAUAAUGAUAUUUUACAUUAUGUAGUAUACACUGAAAAAUAAUUGUCUUCAGUCUUUCAAAUAAAAACACCUAAACAUCCUUAGUUUAGUGCACUUGAGAAGCAAAUUUUCCUUAGAUAUUAAUAGUUUAAUAAUAGAUAAUACGUUUAUAGAAAAUUGACCUUAAAGUAAUGCUUAUUAUAAUCUUUACUCGAUUGGCAUUUUUUUUUAGCACAAAUCUAAAAACUGGUCCAACAUUUGCGCUUAAAUUAAGAAAAUAAAAACUACUUUACGGAAAACUUCAACUUUUAAUUCAAGCUGUAUCUUCUCAUAAGUCUAUUAUCUACAAUCCUGCCACUCAAAUAAAGAUGUUAAAAUAUAUUUACU